AUGGCCAUGGAGCUCGAUCAGAAAGUGCUCAGAUGUGUUCGCGACCAGUACGCGAACUAUGUGAUCCAGAAAUGCAUCAAGUGUGUGCCAUCGAGCGCAAAUUUCUUCACCAUAGCUGGAGGCGCUGUUAUGGUGAAGAAAUUUGCCACGCAGACCACAGCCAUGAGCUACCACAAGUAUGCCUCGAAUGUGAUCGACAAGCUAACCUUCGGCUGCCACCAUGACCGGCAGCUCAUCACGAGCGAGAUCACCGCCGCUGGAGGCGGCCAGCACUCCGAUCACAUUAAUCAUGAGUUGCAGGACAUGAUGAUCGACGCGAAUGCCACCUCGGUGAUCCAGAGGAUGGUGGUGACAGCGGAGGAGCGGCAGGUGCGCGUGCUGGUGGAUGUGGCCAGGAGCAACACGACCAAGCAGAUGAGGUACACGCACGGGAGGUGCGUCAUCGCCGCCAUAGAGAGGUUCCGCUUCCUCGCCGCUAGGGGUACGGACGCCCUACCUUGCCCUGGUUACCGUUGUUGA